UAGUCUCGGGGUGUGUCCCUCGAGGUUAGGUGUUUAUCGAUUUAAGAAGUCGUUGGAGGCAUUCUGCAGAACAGGACUGGCGGCAGAGAGCGUGUGAAGGACACAGACAUGGAUUUAACUCGGUUAUUGUCGCUGCUCUUUUUUAUUUUCUGCUACUUUUCUGCCUCUCAUGCUACAGGGAAAGUACGGGGAUUCGUUGCGUUUGAGGACCCUUCAAACUCAAACCAAUAUGUUGUGGACCAGGCAACAUCUGACACACUGAAGAGCGGUCUCACCACAGUCUUCCUCCCGAUCGUCUACAUCAUCGUGUUUGCGUUGGGACUUCCUGCCAACGGCAUGGCCAUCUGGGUGUUCCUCUUCCGAACCAAGAAGAAGCACCCGUCGUCCAUCUACAUGGCCAACCUGGCUCUGGCCGACCUGCUAUAUGUCAUUUGGAUACCUUUAAAAAUCUCCUACCAUUUAAACGGCAACGACUGGAUCUACGGAGAGCCGCUGUGCAAAGUCCUCGUGGGCUUCUUCUACGGGAACAUGUAUAGCUCCGUCCUUUUCAUCGCCUGCCUCAGCGUGCAGAGGUACUGGGUGGUGGCUCACCCUCUGUCCCAGCAGAGGAAGAACAACAAAGUGGCUGUGGGCGUCUGCGUGGCCAUCUGGUCUUUCAUCUGGCUCACCACCACGCCUCUGUACCUGUAUGACCACACCGUCAAACUCAAAGACCUCAACGUCACAACCUGCCACGAUGUCAACAUCAUAAAGAACCCACUGGAUCCAUUCCCUUCUGUGCAGCUGCCGUACUUCUACUUCAUCUUCAUGGGUCUGGUCGUGUUCCUCGUCCCGUGCAUAGUGAUCGUUGUGGCCUACGUUCUGUUACUCAGGGCUCUGGGGAACGGCUUGGAGAACAGCAGCGCCGGAAAGAACCGCCAGAAAGCCGUGCUGCUGAUCGUGAUCGUUCUGGUGACCUUCCUAGUGUGCUUCAUCCCCAGUAACAUCAUGCUGGUGGUGCACUACUCUCUGCUAAAAGACGGAGUGGUAAAUAAUGGUUACGGCUUCUACAUCUCCACGUUAUGCCUGGCCAGCCUCAACAGCUGCCUGGACCCGUUUAUCUACUACUUUGUGUCGGAGGACUUCAGGAACCACGUGAAGAACACGCUGCUGUGCAGGAGCAGCAGGACUGUAGAGAGGAUGAGGGUUUCGUUCAGCUCCCUGAAAUACUCCAAGAAGAGCAAGUCGUACACGUCGAGUAGCGGCAACACGCAGAGCAGCUCCUGUUAGAGACGAGCUCAGUAAAGGAGAGCAACGACAACAAAAAAGAACUCUCAAUACGAUAUCCCGCCUGUGCUUGCUCUGGUUUACUGAAAACAUGGCAUCGUACACACCUUGUGGCACUGAGACACAGUAGAUAGGUCUGUAAUAAUGGACAAAAGGCCAAUCAGUCAUAACCAGGUGACCUCAACACAUCAUAUAACCAAAUAUGAACUGUAAAUGUGAAGAUGACUGUGCAGGGGUCAGAGACGGAGUACAUUUUAAAAUGAAUAUGACUUCAUUAUGAACUGUUGUUUAGUGGUCAUGUGUGAAACAUGACUACAUGUUUUCUUUUUCUGAUAUAAAUGGAGAGAAUGCCUUUUUAAAGACUGCCUUUGUGUCCUCUUGGCUGCACAAAAUGAGGUCUUUUAACCCGAGAAUGUGACUAGUUAGUUCACUGCACUCAAGAUCAUUUAAAUCAGUGAACAUCUGUAUGAAAAGAACUAAACUAACCUGAUGUGUUCAGAGGAAAGGAACAAAAACAAACCUAUGUGUAGCUUUUGUCAAAUCAACAACCCAACCUUCUUAAUGUUAACUUGUGUUUUUAGACACUUUCCUGUUUAUCCCGUCCUUUUUUUUUUUUUUAAACCAAGUGUCAACUUACUUUUGAGUGAUGAGGAAAUAAGGUGGCCCUGUUACAUUUUUUCUUAAAUAAAUUAUAAAACAAGA